GAGUUGCUCUUGAAUAUGACAAUCAUCGAUGAGUACAUUCCUCCCGAUUAUGUUGAACUCAUUGAAAAAUAUGUGAGCUGGAGCGAAGAAAUGGGCGAUUGGCAGUUGAAUGCCAUUGCUUAUACCGGUAACAAUAUGCGAGCUUCGGCACCUCUUCCUAUACAACCAUACCAGCUCGACGAGAACCAGUCAAUUCCACUAUUUUAUUCGUAUAAAACAGAUUUGGGUGCAACUUCGACUGCCCCAAGGCCUCGUACCAGAAGCGGUAAAAGGGAACGAAAUGCUGCGAAGUUGAAGACGUUGCUAAGUUAA